AUGAUAGAAGAUCCACGUCUAGGAUUAUCAUUGUGUACUCCAGUUAAUCAUUCAACAACUAAUAUGUAUCAACAACCAUUACCUCAACAACCACAUGUCUCAAUCUAUAUGAACAGAACACAUAAUGGAUCUGUUUCAUCUUUAACAAGUUCAAUUGGUGAUACUUAUACUUAUUCAAAUAAUUUUACCACAACUAAUGCAAAUUCUACUACUAAUGAUAUAUCAAAUUAUGCUAUAUUAUCAAAUAAAUUCACUGAUUUAAUAAUGGAUGUUUAUUUAAAUGUAUCAAGUGAUCCAACAAUAACACCAUUCGAUCCAACAAGUCCACCUGUUGGUAUACUUAAUCGUGUUGCAUUGCUAUCAAUUGAACGUGCGAUUAAUCAACAAUGUGAAACAGGUACACGUAUUCCUUUACAAUCAAAUGCAAUGGUUGUAACAAUUAGACAUACUUUAAAUCAAGAAAUUAGACGUGAAGGUUAUAUGUCAAGAAAUGGUUCGCAAUCUUCUUUGAUACCGCCACCACCACAAUUUACUGAAUUAUUAAAUUCAACUCAUAAUAUUUCAGAUCCAUUAGAUCCAAAUUUUUUUAAAAUUAGUGGAGAUCCUUUACAUAUUGGUAAUAAUUUAUUACAACCACAACCAACUUUAAAAUUUUAUAAUAAUAAUUGCAGGAAUAAAAAUAAAAAUAAUAAUACAAACAUGUAUGUAUUAACACCAAAUAAUUCAAUGAAUAAUUUGAUGGCUAAUAAUUCUGAUGGUACUGUUGGUAAUAAUUUACAAUCUUUACAGCAUCAUUCUUUAUUACCUCGUCAAUCAUUUAGAACUGCCUCUCCUUUAUCAACUACAAGUUUCUCAAAUAAUUCAAAUUCAUUAUUAAACAGUAAUAGUAAUAGUGGGAUAACGAGUUUAACGGCGGCUAAUAUUUCUCGUCAUGAAGAAACUUUAGCAGAUUCUUUAAAUAAGAAAAAAUAUUUAUAG